GUAGCGUUUUGAUGUGGAUCAAACACUUGUUGUUGUGAGUGUGCAGUUCAGCCGGGAUGUCAUGAAAGGGAAGUGAUGGAGUCCAGCAGCUGUCCACGCGCCAAGCCAGCGGACAGCCUGAGGGUCAGCAUUCACCACAGCUCUUUUGUUGUGGACAAAACCCUUCUGGCUCAGAACUGUGAGUACUUCAGAGCAUUGUUCCAGUCAGGAAUGAGAGAGUGUGAACAGGAAGAGAUCCACCUGCGAUGUGUGGGGGUUCUGGGGUUUGUGGUCAUGCUGCGGGUCCUGGCUGGGGCGCGACCCUUGUUGAACAGCGAUCAGAUUGUGGAAGCCAUCGAGUGUACUGCUUUUCUGCAGGUGCAGGCUCUCACCAAGCACUUGAUCAAUAUCAUCAAUUCUGAAAACUGCCUGCUCAUGUACCACACCGCUGCCACCUACGGUGUCUGGGAGCUGUCCCACAGCUCCGCCUUAUUCAUCAGAGAUGCGUACUCUGACCUGAAGGAGGAUCUUCACACCUUGCCCAACAAACUGGUAGAGUACGUUGAGUCUCUUCUCCCGAGUAGCUACAUGGCAGUGUGCAGCCACUCGCCCUCCAAUGAGCGGCUGCAGGAUCUCCAGAGGACCGUCUGCUACCUGGACGAAGACACCGGAGAGUGGAAGGUCCUGACACAUCUGCCUGUGAGCACGAGCACCACCAUGGCAGGCGUGGCCGUCCUGGACAACAAACUUUUCAUCAUCGGAGGAGUGCACGAUAUAAGCAAGAAGGUAGUGGAGACUGGUUUCUGUUACAACCCUGCAGCUAACACAUGGUCCACCAUCUGUGGCCCCCAGCAGCUACGCUAUAACUUUACUCUGAUAGGUCAUGAGGGCUGCCUCUACGCCCUGGGAGGGGAGUACAACAUGAAGGCCCUGUCAUCUGUGGAGAGAUACAGGGUGUCUAAUGGGAGCUGGAGUUUUGUCUCCCCCCUCCCUUGCCCUGCAGCCUCAGUGGUGUCAUCUGUAGCCACAAACAGGAUCUUUAUCUGUCUCUGGAAAGGUAAGGGGGCCACAGAUAUACACGAGUACGUACCUGAACAGGACCAGUGGGUUCUGGUCACCACGCUCGUCCGCCAACACAGUUAUGGUCUUUAUAUGGUGGCCCAUAAGGAUAAUCUGUAUGUGAUGCGCAACGGACCCUGUGAUGACUUCUUACUGUGUGUGAUGGACUGCUACAACCUGAGCUCAGGCCAGUGGACGGCCAUGACGGGCCAGUACGGGAACAGUAAAGGCUCGCUGUUCACUGCUGUGGUCAGAGGAGACUCUGUGUUCACACUCAGCCGACAGGUGACCACAGAGUACACCAUAGAGGAUUACAGAUGGAGACGUAAGCGUGAGAUGAAAGGUUUUGGCAGGAUUGGAUCCAUAUAUACAUUUCUGAUGAGGCUGCCUAAAGCCACUGUCUCCCUCAUGGAAAACUCUCUGGGUCGGACUCAGGACCCAAACCUCAGAGACCUCGGUGACGGUUCCAGAUUCUCCCCACAAUGCUCUGAUAACCUGUAAGUGCUGCGGAAAGAUCAUUGUGCUUUAUCAUCACGUGCGUCUUAUAUUCAUUAUUUUGGAUGUGUGGUUCGUAAAAAGUCCAAAAUGGCAAGAAACAUCUGACAGAUUUGAAACGGACAGAUGUGUUUGGAAGAAGGGAAAAAAGAUGAAGAAUACAAUGAUAACCCAAACUGUCUGUUGUAAACAUCCUCCACAAUUUACAGAUCCACUUCCUGCAUCACCUCUGAAAAUAACAUGAUAAACCGGAAUUAUCAUUUGAUAAUCACCGUUCUGUUAAAAAAAUAGAAGACACUGCCACAGUGUAGUUUCAUACCACAUCUUUAAUAAAUCGGUCACAAUUACAACUAGUCAGAUUACUUCAAACUGUUACUCAGAUAACACGAGUUUAGUCAGUGCAGUUUUCAUAACCAAAGAAAGCAUGAAUGUAAUAAACCCUGUCAGCCAAGUCAUGAGUGAAGCAUCAUCAUCAUCAUUCUUUAUAAUUGCAAUAUUUCAACAAUAUACUCUUGAAGGCCACCGUCCAUCUUUAACUAGAAUAAUGUGUGUCGAGUCGUUCUCUCUGCGCCUUUAUCAACAGGAAUUUCAUGGUUUUCUGGAGUAAAUAACAGAUUUUAGGUUGCAGUUGAGUUAUGUAAAGUAUGUGUGUGUUGAUCUGCCGUCACGCCACGCGCAUCAUCAGCUCCUCCAGCGCCCGUUCUCGGUGGUUUUCAUGGACCAGCAGCACUUCUUUGAUGGCGCUCUGCUGGAAGCCCAUCUCAUUGAACUGACUCAGCAGGUGAAGGAACUCCUCCGCCUCAAGACGAAGACAUUGUUAUGUUGUUGUUUUUUUACACAAUUGUUGAAAUAAAACUGACUCCAUUUUAAA